AUGUCUCAUGUUCACUCGUCAUCAACAACGACGACUACGUAUGUUCAAGAAACCAAUACGAGGAAUGACCAAAAUGGAAAUCAAAACACAAUCGUACGAAUUUUAAAGUUAUCACCUCAAAAAAUGGUUAGGUGGGAUGAUAGCACUGUGGAUAAUGAAAAUGCGCAAAAGAAGUCAUCAAAAGUAUGUUGUAUAUACCACAAGCCAAAAAACUUUGGUGAAAGUUCGGACUCCGACUCGGACUCAUUUUCAUCCAGCAGUGAAAGGGAGUGUAAGUCUUUUCCAAAAAACGAGAACAAAAAGGAUGAGCGGACCGAAGAAGAAGGGAUAAAGAAAUAG